AUGAGGCAGCAUCCACGGUCUUCAUGCUAUGCGAGUCGGGCGGCCGCUGUUUUGCAGCUUGACCAAGGAGACUGGAUGCAUCUGAGACGAGAAGAGCUGGAAAAGAUCAUUCAGAGGCAAGACUCCGAGGAGCGGAUGAUCGAGGAGACAGCAUCCGCUCGGGCACGAAUGGAGCAGGAGGCUGGAGACAGGAAGCCGUUGGCUGGACUGGCUGCAAUCCAAAAGGCCGGCAAGAUGCUCGCGACUGUCCUGAAGAUCAAAGCUUUCCACGCCGAUGUCGGUGCAGCUCCAGGCACUCACGGAGCUGGCUGA